AUAGAUGAGGAAGAGGAGAUUAUUCCCCUGCCAAGAUCCGAAUUUGACUCCGUUAGCGUGAGCGAUGCCGCUGACUCCGAACCUGGGGCCGAAAGCGAGGCUGUCGACACAGCGCUACUUGUUCGUAAAGUGAAGGAUAGGCUACAUUUGCAUGGAAUUUCACAAAGAUUGUUUGGCGAGGCUGUACUUGGAAUUUCCGCUGGAGGAUGCUCCGAGUUGUUUUUACGUCCUCGAAGAUGGUCAACGCUCUCGUUGUUUGGCGAGGCUGUACUUGGAAUUUCCGCUGGAGGAUGCUCCGAGUUGUUUUUACGUCCACGAAGAUGGUCGACGCUCUCGGUUAGAGGUCGAGAGCCGUACGAGAAGAUGAGGACGUGGUUAGCCGAUAAGGAGGCAGUGCAAAGGCUUCUUGUGAAGGAGCGAAUGGAUAUUGGCUUACCACUUGAGAAAAACUUAGUGAACGGGAAUGGGAAAAGGCUGUCUGAUCCACCAUAUGAGCCCCCACCUCGUAAAGUUCAGCGCACCAUUAUAACCGAACAGCAAAAGGAGGCUCUUCGAUUUGUUUUCCAGCAUGAGCAUCACCCCAGUCAGAAAACUGUUGAACUACUAUCGCUAAAAUUGAAUCUUAAUAUUCGAACGGUGAACAAUUGGUUCCAUAAUCAUCGAACUAGACAAAAGGCGAGCUUGAGGGAGGGAAAGGUGUACCCACCAGCUGUUGGCAAUUUGCCUACAAGCAAGAAUUGGCAGCAGGACCUCCACUCAAUCCUUGAAAAUGCUUCCCGAUUUUCACUGAUGGAAGAUUCGCCGCCAACUAUGGUACCAGUGCCGGCUACACCUCUUUUCACCUCUAGUGAUUCACCGCCAACUAUGGUACCAGUGCCAGCCACACCUCUUUUCACCUCUAGUGGUGAUGAGCUUGCUAAUUCUUCUUUACUGUUCUCAAAUGACGACCCUCCAACGACAGCAACCUCGACGACGACAUCUACGUCGCCGUUGUUCUCAUCUGAAGAACGUUGCGAAAAAGCCAGCCAACUAGACCGUGCCGUCGCUAAAAUGCGCAUGCUGGCUGCGUCGAAAAGCGCUCGUGAUCCUAGUCAUGAUCCUGCUUGGGUAGUAGAUACAUUGGCAAGGAAUGAGUUCGAGUUAAAUCAACUACGAGGCGAGAACACGGCACAAAAAGAGUUGAUCGAGAAGCUCGAAGCAGAUCUGGCUGCAGCGGUUGCUGGACAAAAUAAAACUAUUGACGAUGACUUGUCAACGAUGGAAAUGCUGGGAUCCGUUCAUGAAACGAAGCUUGAGGGUGACACCAACAGUGUUUUCACUAUUGUCCUAGCUCAGAGGGACCGUUUGAAGCUACGUGUUGGGGUAUUGGAAGAGGAGUUGAUGGCUGAAAAAACAAAGCAUGGAGUGCUGCAGACUGAAAUCGACAAAUUGCGGGAAGAUAAUGUGAAGUUGUAUGGAAAAAUCAAGUUUCUACAGGGAUACGGAAGAAAAUCUACUGAAACUAGUGUUCCACUGCCAGAAGAGAGUAACUACAGUGCACAGUAUGAGAAACGACUUGAUCCAUUCCAACGAUUUGGACAAGCAGAGACGCAGAGAACUUACGCACGCUUGCCGCUGCACGAUCGAGCAUCACUAAGCAUUGGAAAAGCCAUCAUGACAUCUCCAUCAGCUCGGAUGACAUUUUUCUUUUAUCUGCUAUUCCUACAUCUCCUCGUCUCCUUGUGA